UUCAACACCCCACGCACGCUCUUCACCCAUCCUCGCGCAGCCUUGCUAUUGUUCCCUGUGCUCGUAGCAACAGCACAGCUCCACAGCUUUCGCGAUGCCCGGUCCUGCGUCGCCCAACGAGGGUCCGGACCACGAGCCUCCUCAACUGCCUCCCGGCUGGAUCGCCCAGUGGGAUGGUGCCUCGAGAAAAUACUACUUCGUCCAGCUGUCCACGGGCGUAUCGCAAUGGGAGACUCCCACCCACGCGGCUCCUGGUGGCACGCCUGCUCCUGGUCACGAGCACCCCUACGGCACACCGGACCAGCAGCAGAUUAUCACACACCCCGAUGGCACCCAGACAAUCAAGCACCCCGACGGUAGAAUGGAGCCAGUGCUGCCCUCAGACGGCACUCGAGGCGGCCCUGGAGGACAGACUGGUGAGAGAGGAUUCGGCAGCUUUGCAACGCAGACUCUUAUGAACCAAUUCUCCGGCAAACAAGGCGGCUCUCACGGCAGUGGGGGCUCGGGUGGGUUGGGAGGUCUCGCGGGCCAGUUGAUAGGAGGACUCACUGGUGGUGGUGGACAUGGAGGCGGCCAAUCUGGAGGCCACGGCGGCAGCGGUGGUAACGGUGCUGCUGGCAAGCUGGUCGGCCAGUUAGCCUCGAACCUCUUCUCCUCUGGCGGUGGCAAGGACAAGCCGGCGCAACCGCAAAACUACCAUGGCGGCACGCCGCAAAACCAGCCUCAUCACGGUGGCUUGAUUGGAGGGGUGGUCAAUGCCUUUGGUGGUCAUCAUUCAUCAUCUAACCAGAACUAUGGUUAUUCAGGGGCUGGGCAGUCCGGAUCCUACUCGGGCACGGCGCCCCCCACAUCAUACCAGGCCUCGACUACGCAGCACGGUUCGACUCCCUCGACAGCGGCAUACAGCUCCCCACCGCCUCACGGCCAGACGCCUACUCAGUCGUACCCGCCACCCCCAGGACAACAAGGCACGCCGUCGUACCCUCCGCCCCCGGGCCAACAUUCGGGUGGUCCCCAGUCAACUUAUGGGCACGUAUCCGGAGCUCCGCAAGGUUCUGCUCACGGUUAUCCGCAAUCUCAGCCAUAUGGCUCGUCCACACCGACCCAACCCUCCUACGGCGCGCCGCAGCAGUAUCACCCUCCUUCACAGCAGGGCUACAACGCUGGAUAUAGCGGUGGCGCUCCCCAGCACCAACAGGGUCCACACAACUACCCAAGCCACUCCCCCUACGCGAACAGCCAGCAGCCUCCACCCGGCGGUCAUGCACCGCACGGACAUUCCGGAUACCCCGGGCAGUGGUAGAUUCGGGCCAGGCCUGAAGUCGAUAUGACCCAUGAAUAUAAAAACUUAAGAGCGUAGGCAGAAGUGCCGGAACUGGCAUGGUCUUGGGGUUGGUCGUUAAGGUGCUUAUGAGUUAUGACUUUGCUGCAGCUUUGG